GUCUCUGUAGAAAGAUGAUGGAGCAAAUCAGCCCCAAGGUACAAGACGACGGAAUCAAGAAUGCGGAUGGCAAGCCUAUCGCUGGUGGUCAGCUCUUCAGGAAGUAUCUGCUCAACCGCUGUCAAGAGGAUUUCGAGCGUGGAUGGGUGGCUAAAGAGGCUACUGCUGCAGCCGCUGUCGCUAAAGCAAGCGAGGACAAGGCUGCCAAGGCAGCUCACGACAAGAGCGGUGCUGGCGGUGAGGAGAGCGAGUUAUAUUCUGAAGAAUAUUAUGCUGCUCAGAAGGCGAAACGUCAAGGUCUUGGUCUCAUCAAGUUCAUCGGAGAGCUCUUCAAGCUGCAAAUGUUGACAGAGAGGAUCAUGCACGAGUGUGUUAAGAAGCUUCUUGGCAACGUCGAAAACCCUGAGGAGGAAGAGAUUGAGAGCUUGUGCAAGCUUCUCACUACUGUUGGUCAAAUUCUAGACACUCCCAAGGCACGCGCACACAUGGAUGUUUACUUCACUCGGAUGAAAGAGCUCGGUAAGGGCAAUAAUGUCAGUUCACGUAUGCAAUUCAUGCUUCAGGACCUCGUCGAAUUACGUGAGCGUAAGUGGAUAAGUCGUAAUGCUGUGGCUGCACCAACGACGCUCGCUGCAGUUCACGAAGCUGCUGCCAAAGAGAAGGCGGCUCAGGAGAAAGAGUCGUAUCAGCGCCAAAUGAGCAUGUCUCGUGGUGGGUCACGGAGAGGUGGCGAGCGCGGAGGUGAUGCUCAAGUGGGCCCUGAUGGAUGGGCAGUUGCAGGUGGAUCUGGUCCUCCAAGACCCCCACCCAAAGCUGGUGAUCUGUCGAACUUCGGAAAGAUCCAGAAAGCAACACCUGUGACGUUUGGACCUAGCAGUAUUUUCGUUGGUGGCAAGAAAGAGCAGAGCUUGAAGCGCGAGGCGUUAUCACGGACAAACUCUAGUUCAAAUAUGUUCUCUAUGCUGAGCCAGAACCCAGAGCUUGCUGCCGAAGCCGCGGCUGUGAAGUCUUCUCGACCGCCAAGUCGCAAGGCAAGCGUGGACUUCAAUCAGACUGGUUUACCAGAACAGCCUCUUCAGAGAAAGAAAUUGCAGCUGCUCCCGCGGUCGAAGCCUACUGAAGAGUCGACACCUGCAGUUACCGAAGGAGUUUCGGAAGACGAGCCCGUUGAGAGUGUUACAGCGGACGUUCCCUCGAUGACAGAAGCCGAAGCACAGAAGAAAAUAAAUGAGGAUGUUAAAGAGUUCUUUGGUGUCAGGAAUCUAGAAGAAGCUGAGGUUUACUUCACGAAUCUUCCAGCCGAGCAUAGGUUCAGACUGGUCGACAAGUUGGUAGCAUCAGCGUUGGAGAGCAAGGAGGCAGAUGCACGAUUGGUAGGGGAGUUCUUUGCGCAAGCAUCGGACAAGGGAGCGUGUGAUGCGAGUGCUUUCGAGGACGGUUUCACACCGAUGGCUGAGUUCUUGGACGAUAUUGCCAUUGAUGCGCCCAAGGCUUUCGAAUACAUGGCGAUAAUGUUACGUGGAGCAGGCAUGGACAAAGACGAGGAGAGACUAGGGAGGAUUGCAGGCAAGUCAAUGGACAGUGACAAGCUGCUCAAGUUGGUGUCAUCGUAGAUUAUCGUCGGUUCCUUCGCUGCGCAUCGUCACUUUUUUUUGCAUCUCGCAUUGCUUCGUUCUGGUUUUCGUUUCAGUUUGGUCCUUUUCUUUCGCUAUUUGCAUUCUUUCGUUCUCUUUUUCAUCAUUAUUGAUCGCCAUCCAUGUUCUGCACUAAUAUCUGUACACACGGCUGCAGAGCCUCCCUCCCACAUUUUCCACAUUAUUUUACCGCUCUCAUUCAGUACGUUAGGUACAUUGUGAGCAAUAUACUCCAGCAGACAACUC